CCUGUUCUAUCCAUAAUACCAGCAACCACACUCUAGAAAAGCGGUUGACACUUAUCAUACUUCCACAUUCCUGUCUGCUGACUUGGAUUACUGGGAAUACGAGCGUCUCUGAUGCGUGCAGGACAUGCUGCACAGCCUAACCCAACAUGGGGAGCGACAGCACUGACCCGUUACUAGUGGGUGAUCCUUCGACUAUCUCCGAUAGGGAAAGAGACAGUGAACCCAAUGAAAUUGGCGAUGAUGAAGAGAUGCUCCUGCUACAAAUAGCAGGAUCCAACACUGAACCUGUGUCACCUAAUCUUAACGCAAUCCUGGAGAGGGGAUCAGAAUUAAUUCGAACAGCUGACCAAAUCCCAUCCGCAGCAUCACUUGUACAACGCCCACGGAGUUCUGGUAUUGACCUAACGGCUUUCUCCUUUGCCAGACCUGCACAGCAUGGAAAGAUAUUUACGCUACAUCCACCAGUCAAGCAAGCUUCAGCUAUUCCCGCGCCUCAAUGCAAUAACAUCACGCAAACGGAGCAGAAUAGAACCAGAAAGCCCAAUGGUACAACUCAAACUCACCAGUUGAAACACAUUGCUUCUCGGUUGAAUAAUACAGAAACCAGCUCAAAUCGCCAAGUAACAAGGACUUCUUCUUCAUCUUCAGAAGCCCCUUCUCAAGAUUUAGAGACAGCCGAUAGCAAAAAAAAUCCUUCUGUUAGGAUAGACCAUGCCCUCACCUCCAAUGUUCAUUACGCGCAACACAAUCAAGCUCAAUGUGAAGGAACCGCUCUUUUUCCAUCUGUUACCAACGGACAACUUCUAUCACCGGAAAAUGAGCCACAAGAUCAACGACAGAUUUCCACAGUCACCCAAACAGUGCACAGCAAAGUUGAUGAAGUCAUGUGCUGCUGAGCUCCUAGCACACGAGGACGGGAAAAGUGUUUCACUGUCCCCUACGAAUGACAAGUCAAGAGUAUCGAAGCGUCGUCGAGCGAGUGGGAAAAAGAUCACCUCAAGACAACCCGCCUUUACGCUUGCUGGUAACAGCCAUGCAGACCUGUCUGAGGAGGACCUAUUUCAACUCCUACUUGUCAAGAUUAAAGCCCGAGAAGACAAUGAUGCUGCCGCUCUCAGUGAGAAAGAACAGAUGGAGGCCAAUCUCUCAGAGCUGACACAAGAAAAUUUUUCUUUGAAAAACCAACUUGACGUCUUUAGUAAUGAGAUACAGCAAAAGGCUUCGGAGUCUAGGGCGUAUAAAACUCAAUUACAGGCAUGGAAGGCGAAAAUAGCGAAGUUCAAAUACAUCAUUAACGAGCUAGGUUCUGGUUACAAUGCACUUCGCGCGGAAACUACUCAGCUCAAACUGACAAGAGCAUCGCUAGAUAAAGAUAAAGCGGAAAUAAAAGGGACAAUUGCUGAGACAAGGGAGCAGCUGUUACCAGCUUCCAGUAUUUUUGAGAAGAGCCAAUGUUACCUUGUCGAAUCACAAACUUUGAUCAACUCCAUGAAGCAGGCUUUGAAGGAUGCAG